AUGACAUCUCUUCACCAUUAGAGCGUGGCAGAGAGGGAAGGCAGGCCGGCCGGCCUUCCCCUGCCAUCAGCACACCCCAGCCCCCAGCUGGCCCCACUUUCCCCAUCAAUUAGCUCCCCAGGUAAGAUAAAAGCAGAGCAGGGGGACAGCACGUACCAGAACUUCAGGAGCAGCCCCCCGCUCGGCCGCGGCUGGGACGCUGCGGCCAAGCAGCCCAGCUGGAAGCAGAAUAAGAGCGGCAGCAUCAGCCCAUUCCUCGGGGGCCCCUUCACGCCGCUGCCCUCCGAUUACCUGGACAGCUACCGGCGGGUGCAGCUGCAGGCGCUGCUGUCGCAGGUGGGCCCCGCGCUGGCGCCGCGGCCGCGCCGGGCCAGCACCAAGGAGGCGGCGGUGCAGGUGAGCCUGCGGGCCGACGCGGCCGUGCAGUGCUCGCUGGGGCCGCGCACGCUGCCGCCCGCCCGCCCCUUCAGCCCCGCCGCCCUGCGCUCCCCGGGACGCCUCGCCCUCUACUCACCCGCGCCCGACCGCCGCUUCUUCGCGCUGCCCGACGCCGCGCCGCUCCCGGAGAAGGCGGCGUCGACCGACGAGACCCCGACGGCGGACGGUGGCCCGGCCGGGACCACGCUGCCGCCACGCCAGGAGCCCGUGGGGACGCCGCGGGACGAGACCGCGGCUCCCAAGCAGAGAGCUACCUUCCAGUUCUUGGAGCAGAAGUAUGGCUAUUUCCACUGCAAGGACUGCAAGACCAGAUGGGAGAGUGCUUACGUGUGGUGCAUUUCUGGAAGCAACAAGGUGUACUUCAAGCAGCUCUGUCGCAAAUGCCAAAAGGGCUUCAAUCCCUAUCGAGUGGAAGCAAUCCAGUGCCAGAUCUGUUCCAAGAAUCGUUGUUCUUGCCCUCAGAGGAAGAGACGCAUUGAUCUCAAGAGACCCCAUCGCCAAGAACUCUGUGGCCGCUGCAGAGGCAAAAGGCUGUCCUGUGAUAGCACUUACAGCUUCAAAUACAUUGUCUGAUCCACCAGCCCUCUUCUGUUUUGUGCUUUGCACUUUGUCUAUUGCAAUGUUUUGACUUAAGGCUUUUGACCUGGCAUUGGA